AUGGGGAAGUUAUUACAAUUGGCAUUACAUCCGAUCGAGUUGAAAGCAGCUUUAAAACUGAAAUUUUGUAGAACACCGCUAUUUUCCAUUUAUGAUCAAUCCACUUCUCCGUAUCUCUUGCACUGUUUUGAGCUGUUAAACCUGACUUCCAGAUCCUUCGCGGCUGUGAUCAGGGAGCUGCAUCCAGAGUUGAGAAACUGUGUUACUCUCUUUUAUCUGAUUUUGAGGGCUUUGGACACCAUCGAAGACGACAUGUCCAUUGAACACGAUUUGAAAAUUGACUUGUUGCGUCAUUUCCACGAGAAAUUGUUGUUAACCAAAUGGAGUUUUGAUGGAAAUGCCCCAGAUGUAAAAGACAGAGCCGUUUUGACAGAUUUCGAAUCAAUUCUAAUUGAAUUCCACAAAUUGAAACCAGAAUACCAGGACGUCAUCAAAGAGAUCACCGAAAAAAUGGGUAAUGGUAUGGCCGACUACAUCUUGGACGAAAACUACAAUUUGAAUGGGUUGCAAACCGUCCAUGACUACGACGUCUACUGUCACUACGUGGCUGGUUUGGUCGGUGAUGGUUUGACCCGUUUGAUUGUCAUUGCCAGGUUUGCCAACGAGUCUUUGUAUUCCAACGGGCAAUUGUAUGAAAGCAUGGGUCUUUUCUUGCAAAAGACUAACAUCAUCAGAGACUACAAUGAAGAUUUGGUCGAUGGUAGAUCUUUCUGGCCCAAGGAAAUCUGGUCUCAAUACGCUCCUCAAUUGAAGGACUUCAUGAAACCUGAAAACGAGCAAUUGGGUUUAGACUGUAUAAACCAUCUCGUCUUAAAUGCAUUGGGUCAUGUUAUUGAUGUGUUGACCUAUUUAGCCAGUAUUCACGAACAAUCCACUUUCCAAUUUUGUGCCAUUCCACAAGUCAUGGCCAUUGCUACUUUGGCUCUGGUUUUCAACAACCGCGAAGUGCUACAUGGCAAUGUUAAGAUUCGUAAAGGUACCACUUGUUAUUUAAUUUUGAAAUCAAGGACUUUACGUGGCUGCGUCGAAAUUUUUGACUAUUAUUUACGUGACAUUAAAUCCAAAUUGGCCGUGCAAGAUCCAAAUUUCUUAAAAUUGAACAUUCAAAUCUCCAAGAUUGAGCAAUUUAUGGAAGAAAUGUAUCAAGAUAAAUUACCUCCUAACGUGAAACCGAAUGAAACUCCAAUUUUCUUGAAAGUCAAGGAAAGAUCCAGAUACGAUGAUGAAUUGGUCCCAACCCAACAGGAAGAAGAGUACAAGUUCAAUAUGGUUUUGUCUAUUAUCUUGUCCGUUCUUCUUGGGUUUUAUUAUAUAUACACUUUACACAGAGCGUAA